AGAUCAUUUAUUGUAUAUUUUUGUCAGAUUAGGAUUAAGUCAAUGCCACAGCACUGCACUACCGAAGUUAUCAUUUUCCCUGUUAAAAAACUACAUAAAACUUCUGAUUUUUAUUUUCAAUUCUCUUACGGAAUCAAUUUGCUGACCGUCUGUAGUAGCCCUCCGCCAUAGUUCAAGGUCGUAUUAUAAGUAUGGGCUCCGCCAUCGGACGUACAAUAUGCCCGACAGCUAAUAUGCAACUAUGUCAUUCGAAUGCGCUCACACCCACCGAGACUAUCCAUUUCUCUAUAUGUAAAGUGUUAAUUAUGUAACGCAAAAGUGUGACCGAAAAAUGAUUAUUGUUCGAUUGAAUGGAUCGGCACUGGCUCUGACUUGGCCCGCUGGCUGGCAUUAUGCACCGAAGGUACAUCGCUUGUGUUUAUAUCUCACGUACUAAGUUAUAAUGUACUGCGUUUAUUCAGCCGCCCUGGUUCGUCACCAAUCAUGUACCGCUAUUUUCGGACAUAUAUUUCAAUAUAAUUAAAUAAUUUGUGUCGUCCGGAGCGGGGUGGACAUCAUCCAAUCCCUUUAUAAACUCGAACGAUAAUUUCAUUGCUAUCAAAGUAGUUUCAAACAUCCAAGUGGAAAUCAACAGUUCUAUCCUCUAGCCAAAGCAACAAAGUGUACCAAAAGAAAAGAAUGGCUGCCUUCAAGAUUGUGAUCGUAACCGUUUGUUUGAUCGGAGUGAGCAAAGCCGGAGUUCUACUGCCAGCUGCUCGAUUCGCCGCUGCCCCUCUAGCCCCUGUGGUUCCAGCAGUUGCUGCAGUUAACACCAACUAUGACCCACUGCCACAGUAUACCUAUGCUUACAACGUUCAGGACGCUUUGACCGGUGAUAACAAGAGCCAACAAGAAACCCGAGAUGGAGAUGUUGUGAAGGGCUCUUACUCGCUGGUCGAACCCGACGGCACUGUGCGCACUGUGAUCUACACUGCCGAUCCAAUCAACGGUUUCAACGCGAUCGUUCAGCGUGGCCCAUUGGUACACAAGGCGCUGGUGCCCGUGGCUCCAGUGGCCAAGGUGUUCGGUUAAAUCUGAUUUGACCGUCCUUUUUUGUUGCAUUGCUCACCAAUAGAAACAUAGACUGAUGUUAGCCAACCAUCAAUUAUAGUGCUACUACCUUAAGUUGUUAAUCAAUAAAACAAAACAUUAUAAAUGAA